UUUAGAGCACUUAUGUAUAGCACUAUUUUGUAAACUCUACUUUCCUCUGCUUUUCUCAACUGUGAUUCCAUUUGCAAGAAGAUAAGGAAAUACUGGUCUGGAGUCGACGGAGGUUCCUCUGAGCGUACCGUAAGUUACAGAAAGCUUGCAAAGGCCAAAGGAACCAGAUCUGAAGCAAUUUGAUAGGAAACCAUGGCUCUGGCAGUUGUGGGUGGAGCUUUUCUCUCUUCUGCUCUUGCUGUUCUGUUUGAUAGGAUGGCUUCCCGUCCGGUUCUUGACUUUAUCCGAGGAAAGAAGACCACCAAGGGGCUGAUCCAGACGUUGAAGAUGAAGUUGUUGUCGGUUAAUAAGUUGCUCGAUGAUGCAGAGGAGAAGCAACUCAAAGACUCUGGAGUCAGGGAAUGGCUUAAUGACCUUAAAGAUGUUCUGUAUCGUGCCGAUGACCUGUUGGAUGAAAUCAAGACUGAAGUUCUGCGGUGCAAGAUGGAACAAGAAGAUUCUGGAAGCAGCAGCACAAAUCAGGUACUGAACUCUAGUUCCAUUUCCAUUCAUCAACUUGACAAAGGGAUACAGGAGAUUCUUGACGAAUUAGAACCUAUUGUCAACGCAAAAAAUGUGCUUGAUUUGAAAGAGGGUGUUAAGGAUAGACCACAAGGAAGACUGCCUACAACUUCUUUGGUAGUAGAGUCUAGUGUAUAUGGAAGGGAUGAAGAAAAGGAGGCCAUUAUCAAGUUAUUGUUAGCGGAUGGUAUAACUGGAAAUAAGACAGAAGUGCUUCCAAUUGUGGGCAUGGGUGGGCUUGGAAAGACCACUCUUGCUCGACUCGUAUUCAACGACGACAGAGUCAAGCAACAUUUUGAUCAUCAGUCGUGGUUUUGUGUUUCUGAAGGAUUUGAUAUUACCAAAAUAACACAGUAUAUUUACGGGUCACUGACUUCAUCAGAAGUUUGUAAUAUCACAGACCUAGACAGUCUUCAAGUUAAACUAAAGACGGCUUUGACAGGGAGGAAAUUUCUCUUUGUUUUCGACGAUGUUUGGACUGUGAAGGAAGGGGAGUGGGAACUCUUGAGCCAACCCUUUGAGAGUGGAGGUCAUGGAAGUAAGAUCAUUGUCACAACACGUGAUAAAGGUGUCGCAGCCGGGAUGGAUAAAGGUAUCGCAGACUGGAUGGGUACCCUUGAAAUUCCACAUUUAACGCUACUAUCUGAGGAAACCUGCUGUUCGUUGUUCUCAAAACAUGCCUUCAAGAAUGCAGGUGUUACUGCAGAUCCGUCGCUUGAAGUGAUUGGAAAGCAGAUUGCUAAAAAGUGUAAAGGACUCCCUUUAGCUGCAAAAUCACUUGGGUGUCUUUUACGUUCUGAACCAAAUAUUGGGAAAUGGGACGAAGUAUUGAACAAUGACAUAUGGGAGUUGCUAGAUAAAAAUAGUGCCAUUUUGCCAGCUCUAUGGUUGAGCUACCAUUAUCUACCUCCACAUCUGAAGCGUUGUUUUGCUUACUGUUCCAUAUUUCCUCAAGAUUAUGAGUUUUACAAAUCGAAGCUGGUUUUGUUGUGGAUGGCUGAAGAUCUCUUACCACUGAGAUCGAAGACUACAAUUGAAGAAGUUGGAGAGAACUACUUUGAUGAUCUAGUGUCAAGGUCAUUUUUUCAACAUGUACCUAAUCACUUUUCUGGUAAAGCAGUUUUCACAAUGCAUGACCUUAUCCAUGACUUAGCAAACUUUGUCUCCGGAGAGUUUUGUGUUAGGUUGGAGGACAAUGACUCAGUGCUGGAAAAUGUUAGCAAGAGUCGUCACUUUUCGUGUGCAACCGGCAGUUUUGAUCAAUGGGACAGUUUGUAUGAAGCCAAGUAUUUGAGGACCUUUCUAGUAUCAGGAUAUAAAUGGGACCAACGUCCCAACUUAGAUUUUGAUAUAUUCUUGAAGCUUCAGUGUUUAAGAGUGCUCAAUUUAUCAAGUUACAAUAUUGGUGAGCUGCCUAGUUCAAUUAGCAAGUUGAAGCAUCUAAGGCACUUGGACUUGUCUGACUCAUCAAUUAAAAAGUUACCUGAUGAAAUGUGUACUUUAUAUAAUUUACAGACGUUACUGUUGUCGGGGUGUAGCAAGCUAGUUGAGUUGCCAACUGAUUUGGGAAGAUUAAUCAACUUGCGUCAUCUUGAUAUUGAAGACACAAAGAUAGAAAAGAUGCCACCAAGGAUGGGCAAAAUGAAAGAUCUCCAAACAUUAAGAGGUAGGUUUCUCCUAGACAAAUGCACUGGUGAUAACAUUGUCGAGAUUAAAGAGCUUCAGCAGUUGCGCGGAAGACUUUGGAUCUCGGGGCUUCGCAAUAUUGUGCAUGUCACAGAUGCCAUUAUGAGAAAGAAGAAGCAUCUGGAUGAAUUAGUUUUGGAAUGGGGAGGCAAGUCUGGUGACACCGACGAUUCACAAAAAGAGAGAGAUGUGCUGGAGAACCUCCAACCUCAUACAAAUCUAAAAGAACUCACCAUUCGAUCUUACGGGGGCACAAGAUUUCCAGGUUGGUUGGAAGAUCUUUCUAGUUUAUCUAAUCUGGUUCGUCUUCGACUUCUGGAUUGCGGAAAUUGUUUGUCCUUGCCAUCAGUUGAGCAGCUACCCUCCCUCCAAGUGCUUGAGAUUGAAGGAUUAAUUAAUGGAGUGGUGACUGUGGGUUCUCAGCCUUUUCCUAAUCUUCGUAAGCUACGUCUGAGGUCUUGUCCCGAGGUAACCGGGACAUUCAUGUUAUCAGUUGAGCAGCUACCCUCCCUCCAAGAGCUUGAGAUUGAAGGAUUUAAUGGAGUGGUGACUGUGGGUUCUAAGCCUUUUCCUAAUCUUCGUAAGCUUCAUCUGAAAUCUUGUCCCGAGGUAACCGGGGCAUUCAUGUUAGCCUGCUUCCCAAAGCUUGAAAGCCUCGAUUUGGUGGAUGUGAAUGUAGAAUCUCUUAAUUCCACUACAGUACUCCUCUCCCUUGUCCAACUUGAGAUAUCGUCAUGCCCAAAUCUUGUUUGUUUUGGCGAUGGAGGGCUGGAUGCGCCCAACUUGAAGACCAUGACAAUCUAUAACUGUUCGAAACUGAGGUCAUUGCCGCAACACAUGCACAACCUUCUCCCAUCUCUCAGCUACUUGGAACUAUCUGAUUGUCCAGAAUUGGAAUCAUUUCCCGAAGGGGGAUUGCCGUCUAAGUUGGAACACUUGCGCAUCCGGCGUUGCAAGAAACUCCUCAUUGGAAACCGUAUGCAGUGGGGUCUACCAACACUCACCUCUCUUAAAUUAUUGAGCGUCCACUUUGAGGGAUGUGAACAAGUUGUAGAUUCAUUUCCAGACGAGGGGCUGCUGCCCACCACUCUCGGAUCACUCUACAUCAACUGUAUUUCGAAGCUGGACGGCAAGGGGUUUAGACAACUCACCUCUCUUAAACAGUUGAAAAUUUGGAAUUGCCGUGAACUCCGGUGCUUGCCAGAUGAAGGGCUACCCACUUCUCUUUCUUCUCUGGACAUCUAUGAUUGUCCUUUACUAGAACAACGUUGCCAGAGAGAGACAGGGGAAGAUUGGCCCAAGAUUGCUCACAUCAAGACCAUUCGAAUCAAUUUCAAAUCUAUAUGACGUGCAACGGUAAUUAUCCAAUUCUCUGAUCUGGUUUCAGGUGUUGAAUUAGUAGUCAUUUCAUUGGACUGGGCAGUACCUUCUUAAAAUAUCUUCAUGCCCAAAUUUUGUUUGUUUUCGCGAUGGAGGGCUGGAUGCGCCCAACUUCAAGACCAUAACAGUCAAAACAUGUCCGAAAGUGAGGUCUUUGCCGCAACACAUGCACAACCUUCUCCCAUCUCUCAGCUGCUUGUGGUUAGUUGAUUGUCCAGAAUUGGAAUCAUUUCCCGAAGGGGGAUUGCCGUCUAAGUUGGAAGGAUUGGGCAUCCUGCGUUGCAAGAAACUCCUCAUUGGAAACCGUAUGCAGUGGGGUCUACCAACACUCACCUCUCUCCAUCUCUUGAGCGUCGACUUUGAAGGAUGUGAACAAGUUGUAGAUUCAUUUCCAGACGAGGGGCUGCUGCCCACCACUCUCGGAGACCUUGAGAUCUACAGUAUUUCGAAGCUGGACGGCAAGGGGUUUACACAACUCACCUCUCUUAAACGGUUGACAAUUCAAGGUUGCCCUGAACUCCGGUGCUUGCCAGAUGAAGGGCUACCCACUUCCCUUUCUGAUCUGUACAUCGAUCGUUGUCCUUUACUAGAACAACGUUGCCAGAGAGAGACAGGGGAAGAUUGGCCCAAGAUUGCUCACAUCAAGAACAUUGAUAUCAAUGGCAGACCUAUAUGACGUGCAAUGGCUACAUGUGCUUUGUAAUUCCCUGAGAUGAUUCCACUGCUGAGUCUCUGGAUAGAAAUUUCCUGUCGAUGUUGGACAAGGUUCUGAAUUAGUAGUGCUAACACGCGAGUACAAGACUGUGGCCAGAGGAAUGGUUGCCAAUGUAUACAGGAUUUUGUUUUCUACAAAACGAAGAAGGUAACAAAAGAGGAUGUGUGAAAAGUUUCCUGGUAAUGCUCAAUUCAUCCAUGGCUACACAUUUGUCAAGUUCCAUGGAUUUCAGGGUGCUCUACAUUAUGUCUUUAUUGUGGACCAAUCAGAGCAUUUGCAUAUAUGAAGUAUGCAAUUGCAGGUGGCUCUAGUACUUUCAGCACCAACUUCACUGUUGCCUCUCGGUUCCCUUGUUUAUUCGGUUACUGUCCAGUUUGGAGCCUCUAAGUCAUCACUUACUGAAAAGUUCUAGGUUUCAAGUGUUGAAUUAGUGGUUUGAAUAAUUUCCAUAAGGCUAGCUACUUAAGCCACCAUUCUUUUCUUCGGAACUUAUGCAUUGGUGAUUAUUAGAUAAAAUGAUUCCCUCCUCUCAUAAUUGGCAGGGCAAUGUUUGCUGCUGUAUAUAGGCUGUUGUUUUCUAAUAAAAGAAAACUGUCACAAACAGGAUGUGUACAAAGAAUUUCCUGAGUUGUGUAAAUAAUGCUAAGAAGUGACGCAGCGAAAUGAAUAUCAAGGAUGAUGGGCAUCCAUUUGGAAUGGAGGAGAUGGAAUUCUAUGAGGAAGUGAAAAUGGAAUAUGCAAAAGAGAAAUUAGGUGACGAUUCUUAACAGAAGGCUGCUAUCAAGGCUUCCAAAAAAUCAAAGAAUUAAUUCUGAUGCCGCACAUUACGGGAAGCAAACUUUUGUGCUUGUUAAUUGAUUGCCGGCUUGCUGCAAGUAAAAUGGAUUCUUACUGUGCUGCAAUAUGCUUGUAGAAGAGAAGAACUGAAGCAGUAAUGAAUUUGUGAAACAAUGUUCAAAUCUUCAACUUUUUUCCUUUUUCUAUUUGCAUUUCAAUGUAAUGUUAUAAUCUUGAGAUAAUGAGAGUAGAUUACUAGACAGUCUCAUGUUAUAAUCUUCAAUUCUUGCAUCAGAAGUUUGUCUCUAGACACUUUGGCAUAAACUUUCAGAGUUUCAAGUUUCAUAAACACUUAAACUAUUCAAACUU